ACUCACUAAACUUGAGUAGACUUGAUUAUUUGAAGCACAUCUCCGUGUGAGCUUCUCUUUGAAAUAGUCUCGAGCUGCUGACCCAACGUUUGUUUUACGACCAAGUCCAAGUCCUACUAGAACCACCACCACCAGCCCAUUCCGCACUCCACCUCCCUUGUCACGGUUCGUAGCGGGCCACAUUUUGCUCCCUCCCCGCCAGAGAGGCUCUGGAGAAGUGGACGAGUGAGAAAAGUUCUGUCGCGGUUUCCCACGACACAAAGUAUUGACUUUUCGGAACCAUCACGUGUUCUUUUACACACCUCGACCAGGCGAGGCUUCUCUUCAUCAAGCCAUGCCUCACCUCUGCAUCUUCCUGUCAGCCCUUCUGCUGGCUGCCUCAGCGACCGAAUCGCUGAACAACACCGGGGCAGAUGAAAAUGAAGUCCUAAAAAGUACCGAGCCAGACCUCCUCAAGGACCAGAUUGAGAAUCUCAUCGGAAAUCUCAGCAAACCCACACCGAGUCACACACCAACCACGGCCUCUUCCAUCAACACCAGCCAAACGUCCUCCCUCGCUCUCAGCCAAGUGUCCAAUACAUCUAUCGCUGCCCGCCAGUUGCCUGGCCCUCCUCCUCAGUGUCCAGGCAAUCAGGUGAUGCUUGAGGGCAGCUCGGAUUGCGGCUGCCCAUCAGACAUGCUGAAGAAGGGAGAUAUCUGUACUUGCCCACUUGGAUUCAGUCUUGAAGGAGCAGCAGGAUGCAAAGACAUUGACGAGUGUGGAGAAGACGCACCGUGUGGUCCUCACGCAAACUGCACCAACACCCCCGGCUCCUACUCGUGCCGAUGUUACCGUGGUUACUUGAAGGGCGCAGAGGGGUGUCAGGAUGUCGACGAGUGCGCUGUGGCCGCGGUGACGGGCCUGCGAGCCUGCAAUGACAACGCGCAGUGUACAAACACCCUUGGCUCCUUCGGCUGUUCCUGCCCGGUGGGAUACGUCAUGGCUCAGAAUGAACAAAACUGUGAAGAUGUGGACGAGUGCAGCUUUGACGGGCUGUGUCGCCGUGACCUGGGAAACGUGUGCUUGAAUACACCCGGCAGCUUUGUGUGCCAGUGCCGUCCUGGCUACCGAGCAGAGGCCCCCGCCUGCGUGGGCGCCUUGUGUCCAAACUUCACCGUGUGUCAAGAUGUGGACGAAUGCUCGGCAAUUCCCACGCUGUGCGACGGCCGGGGAGUUUGUGAGAACACGUUGGGUAGCUACAAGUGUGUGUGCCCGGCAGGUUACCGUGGAAACGGCACACACUGCGAAGAUACAAACGAGUGCGCGUCAGGCGCUCACGGCUGUGACGUCAACGCUCGCUGCGGCAACGUCAUCGGCUCUUACUUUUGCCAGUGCCACCAAGGUUUCAAUGGCGACGGCCAUUCCUGUUUCGACGUUGACGAGUGUGCUGUGAACAACGGACACUGUGACCACAACUGUGCAAAUGAACCAGGAGGCUACAGCUGCCUGUGUGCCUCCGGCUACCAACUGAACCAAGAUGGACACGGAUGUACAGACGUGAACGAGUGUUUGUCCCCGAACGGAAGCUGCGCGCACGCCUGCGUCAACACCCCGGGAUCCUUCCGGUGCACGUGCAGGCCCGGCUACCAGCUCCACAUCGACGGCCACGCCUGCGUGGACAUUGACGAAUGUAAACUUGAGAACGGCGGCUGCUCGCACACCUGCACCAAUUCCCCAGGGGGACACGACUGCCACUGCCCACCUCCUCUGCUGCUGGACACGGACAGCCACACCUGCAGCAAUGUGACGUCUUGUAAACUGAGAAACGGCGGCUGCGACCACGUCUGCAUCACGGGCGCCGAGGGCAGCGUCCAGUGUAGCUGCCGAGCUGGCUGGAAACUGAGCGAGGACCUGAGAAGCUGCGAGGAUGUGAACGAGUGCGGAGACUUCACGAACGGAGGCUGCGAGCAAUUGUGCGAGAAUCACCCCGGAGCCUUCAACUGUACCUGCAGGGAGGGCUAUCGUGUUCAAAGCGAUGAUCACGCCAAGUGCCGGCCUGUGUGCGACCCCCCUUGUCAGAACUACGGAGUGUGUGUGGCGCCCAACAGCUGCGACUGUCCUGCGGGAUACCCUGGCCUUGGCUGCUCAGCCAUGUGCUUCCCACCUUGUGCGCACGGAGGUACUUGUAUGCGCUGGAACAAAUGUUUAUGUUCUCCUGGUUGGACUGGAGAAGGCUGCCACACAGCUGUGUGUGAGCUGCCGUGCGCUAACGGCGGUCGCCGUGAAGAAGAAGAAGAGGAGGAGGAAGACUUAGUGGAUCCCCUGGAAACGAUGCGCGAAAAGUGUGCUGAGAUCGAGCACUGCGUACAUACUCAAGCACGUCUGGAGCAAUGUGAGACCAGAGUGAACGCUCGCUCCUCCACAACGGAAGACUGCACCGAGGAGCUUUUUGACUUCCUCCAUGCUAGGGACCAUUGUGUGGCGCACAAACUCUUUCAUUCAGUGAAAUGAAUUCCCUCUUGCAAUUGGCAGUGCCAGUGGCCCUUAAGGAGAGAAUGGUUCUAAAUGCAUCUAAAAUAUUUACUGUAUGUAUAUGUCUAUGCUGUAUGUUGUUUUAUCUGUAUGAUCAUGUGAGGAAACUGCAGAGCAAGUGGAAGCAAUAAUUAAAGUGAAAAGCUCAAGACAUUU